CGCCUCUUGGUGGACAAAAAAACACCAAAAAUGUCUAAAUAAAACAAGACUGAUACAGAUUUUUUAUUACAAACAGCUGCCAUGUGACACAGACGGUUAGAAGACGUCGUAAAACGAUAAGUAUACCGGUUAAAUUUAGGAUUUUAAAGCUCUUUCUUGGCGCUGCGUAGACGUUAAUGUGAUGCAGCAGUUAGCUCCGUAGCUGUGGUGCGUUCAGGGAACUAAACGUCAAAUCAGUUUCCUAUUUAUCUCCGUAGCUGUGGUGCGUUCAGGGACGAAAACAUCAAAUCAUUUUCUUAUUUUAGAGUCGAUGAUAGCCGCCAGAGCACUCAAACACACACACACACUGGGCUUUUAUCUCAUAGCUGUGUCCCAAAAAAAAGUGAUGACCUCCGUGGCAGCGACAACAUCCUCCAACCCCCGGGGUCUGCACGCAUCAGCCAGCCGGGCUGCAGCCCCUGGGUGCCCGCAGCGGAGGCUCCAGAGGCUUACGGCGGUGCCUGGAUCCAGCCCGAGACGAGUCAACGACCUGCUGCUGCUCCUCCUGCCUGACAAAGCAUCACCAUCAGCGGGCUACGGAGUUCCAGGUUCACCGGGCAGCAGGAGUAACAAGCAUGCAGUGUUUUUCCACGGGGACAUACAGAACUUCCAGGAGGAGAUGUCCGUGCAGCCGGAGGGAUCUCAUUGGCUCAGCUGGAGUCUGGAGCAGGUUGCCAUGACGCUGGGUCAACGUUUCCCUGAGCAUCACGUAUGGGUCGUCCGAGCCUCCAGAAUGUAUCUGCACAAGUUCAGCUGCUACCACAACUUUGUAGACAGCAACAUGUUCGGAGCGCCGGAGCACUCGACCACGUACUCACAGGACCACGGGGCCAUUUACCACCUCAGGUCUCUGCUGAGUCACGCUAUGGAGCGAGCAAACCUGCCGAACCCCCUCCAGCCUCACGGUGGCGCCGACAGCGUCCCGUCUGACUUUUCUCUGACGCUGGUGGGCUUCAGCAAAGGCUGCGUGGUCCUGAACCAGAUGGUGUACGAGCUGCCGGGGGCUCGCUCCGACCCCGAGCUGUCCCACUUCGUGAAGAGCAUCUCGGACAUGUACUGGCUGGACGGGGGUCACCCGGGCGGCAGCGAGACCUGGGUGACGGACAAGCAGGUGCUGAAGGAGCUGGCGGAGAGCGGGGUGACGGUGCACGCCCACGUCACCCCCUACGAGGUGCGCGACCCCAUGCGGGCGUGGGUGGGGCGCGAGCACGGACACUUCGUCAAAACCCUGGAGGAGUUCGGGGCGUCUCCGCACCAGCAGAUGCACUUCGAGGACGAGCCGCCGUCCAUCGAGAACCACUUCAGGGUCAUCCAGGAAUUUUGAGCGUCGAGCACUUUAUGGAAACACGACACGCA